AUGAUGGGAUAUGAUGAUGACGAUGGAGAGGGAAGUCGCCUGUUUGAGCAUCGUGCUAGCGAUGCGCACAGGAUGGUCCCAAGAUCAGAGCUCGUCGUUUACGACCCCCGAAAACAAGUCCUUGGCCUUCAGAUGUACUCCUGGAGCAAAAAAGGCGUCGUUUCGGAUCCAGGAAGUCUCGUUAUAUACAUUGAUGGCGCCUGCCGCAACAACGGCACCCCUCGGCUCGAGGCUCGUGGGGCGUCUACUUUGGCCCUGGGUCCCAAGAUUGAGGCCCUUGUCAAAGCGCUAGAUAUCCUCCACGAAAUUACCAACCGCGACUACUCCUUGUCAAAUAUUAAGAUUGCAACGGACUCAGAGUAUCUUGCCAAUGCCAUGUCGUUAUGGAUAGGGGACUGGAUCGAGAACGAAGGGAUCAACGCUAGGGGCCACAGAGUUGCGCACUUUGAAACACUUAAGGAACUCCACGAGCGGUUGGACGAUAUGACAUAUGGCGAUGACGGCGGGCUGGAUAUCAUGUUUUGGCCAAUUCCGAGAGAGGAAAACCAGGAAGCCGAUAAGCUAGCCAACCAAGCUUUUGAGUAG